AUGUCCGAAGAAACCCACGACGCAGCCUCCCUCGGCCCCCUGGCCAUUCAAUCCGCCGUCAUCGUCUCCGGGCUCAUGGGCUGGCUGCUGACUAUCUGUCUCUGCUUCUGCAUCACCGACCUCGACGCCAUCCUAGACACUCCCACGGGCCUCCCCGCCGCACAGAUCUUCCUGAACGCUGGUGGCCAGACCGGUGGCACUAUUAUGUGGGGGUUCGCGAUCCUAGUGCAGUUCUUCACUGGCUGUUCUGCUAUGUUGGCGGAUACGCGCAUGGCGUAUGCUUUUGCGAGGGAUGAGGCGGUGCCGUUUUCAAGAACCCUCUCCAAAAUCAACCCCACCACAAAAACCCCCCUCAACGCCGUCUGGUCCGUAGUAGGGGCCAGCAUCCUCCUCACAGCCAUCGCAAUCGGAUCCACGCAAACCGCGACCGCCAUCUUCAGCAUCACGGCACCCGCGCUCGACCUAUCCUACGUGUCCGUGAUCCUGGCGCAUCGCAUCUACCGAGACCGGGUGCCGUUUGUGGAAGGACCGUUUUCGUUGGGACGGUGGAGGGGAGUCGUGAAUUGGGUGUCGAUCGUUUGGGUGGUUUUCAUAAGUGCGGUGUUGUUUUUUCCACCGAGGGUGCCGGUUACGGGGGUUAAUAUGAACUAUGGGAUCUUUGUGGGUGCGUUUAUCGGAUUGUUUGCGCUGGUCUGGUGGUGGAUUUCUGGGAAGGGAAAAUAUACUGGUCCUCGGACGAACGACUAUAUCCAGGGAAUACCGACCGAGGAGUUGGACGACGAAUGCUAUGGCACGUUUCAUUGA